AUGAACCCAACGCGCACUGUUCGCGCAUUCUAUCAACCAGCUUCCUAUCACCUCUUGCAGGCACGAUAUGUCAGCACGACAAAGACAACAAAGUCGUCUGCUGUCGUGAGUGCGGGAUCUCCUGCUGCUGCUACGACCAGCUCUGCUCUUCAGACGACCUUCCCACAGCAGAUCGGAGACCUUAUCGGUACUUCGAAGCCAAAGCCAGAUUCACAAUCGCCACUGGCAAAACUGCCUCUGUCCAGCGUCCUUCGAUCACUAGUCAUCCUCUCUUUCUCGUCAUCACACCUUCUCCUCAAGCCAUGCAUCUACACGCUGUCUGCAUUGGCGAAUCCAAAGACACCGCUUACCGAUACGGAUCGUAACCCUCUCCUUCACUGGCUUAUAAAGAACACUAUCUACAAACAGUUCAACGCUGGAGAGAACAAGGUUGAAGUACAAAAGUCGAUUAAUGAGAUCAAGGAGUUAGGAUGUCGAGGCGUGCUUCUUGGAUAUGCACGGGAAGUGCUGACCGGAGAAAGCAAAGUCAGUCCUCAUGAUGCAAAGGUGGCAAAACAAGACGUGGAUGCAUGGCUUCAAGGAACAUUGCAGGGUGUCGAAAUGGCGACCGAGGGAGAUUUCGUUGCUCUCAAAUUCACCGGUAUGGGAACCCAGGCCGUACAUCUUUUGCAGAACAACCUUCCACCGUCAGAGUAUAUGGACGCCGCUAUCCGCAAAGCCUGCGACGCUACUAUCGCUAAGGGCACACGCCUCCUCGUUGACGCUGAAGAACAAGCAGUUCAACCAGGGAUCGAAAACUGGGUUAUGAAAUACCAGAAAUACUGUAACCUGCAAACCCCUGGCAAGGCAACCAUCUACUGCACAUACCAGGCCUACCUCAAAUCAACGCCAGCGACUAUUGCAAAGCACCUGGCUAUGGCCGAAAGAGACGGUUAUACACUGGGUGUCAAGCUUGUUCGAGGCGCGUACAUGAAAAUCGAGCCACGACAUGUGAUCUGGGACACCAAGGAAGAUACCGAUAUUUGCUACGAUGGUGUCGUCGAGGCUAUUCUCACCCGACGUUACAAUUCCAUGCUUUCUCCCGCGCCUGAGAGUGUAGCGAAGGAGACAGUGCCACCUGUGAAUCUUAUUAUCGCCACACACAACCGCGAGUCGGUACAAAAAGCCCACAGCGUCCGUCUCCAGCAGGUGCAAAACAACGAGCCCCGCAUUGACCUGUCAUAUGCUCAACUGCAGGGUAUGGCAGAUGAAGUCAGCUGCGACCUUAUCAACGGCUUUGAGGAUGCUGCCCGCAAACACCCUCACCAAGUUCUCGAGUCGCCUAAUGUAUAUAAGCUGUUGACUUGGGGCUCUGUUCAGGAAUGCAUGGGAUUUUUGCUGCGACGCGCGCUUGAGAACACUGAAGCCGUGGCACGGACAAAGGACUCGCAGAAGGCUAUGAUGGAGGAGCUUUGGAGAAGAAUCAAGACAGUUCUUGUGAGGGGAAAUUAA